GGAGCCGCGGUGUGUCCCGCCGCUCCAGGAGUCAUUCCCGUGACCGUGCACGGUCCCACUCCAGGUCAAGGUCCAGGAGCCGCGGUAUGUCCCGCCGCUCCAGGAGCCAGUCCCGGGGAGGCGCACGCCGGUCCAACUCCAGGUCUAGGAGCCGCGGUGUGUCCCGCCGCUCCCGGAGUCAGGCGCGUCGCUCCUCAUCUCAUGCUCGGCGUGACCGACGUAGGUCACACUCCAGGAGCCGCUCUCAAUCGCGUGACCGUGCGCAGCGUGGGCGCCGUGACAGGUCGCACCACCGCGACCGCACUCGCUCGCGUUCGCCCACGCCCAUGUCGGCGAUCGCCCUCCUGGCUCAGGCCCUAGGCAACAGAAGCAGCGGCAGCAACCGCCGUCUGCCCCUGUACACAGGCAAGACAGACUACUCCCUCUUCCGUUUCCGGUUUCUGGAGCAUGCGCGCCAGUGCCACUGGUCAGACCGGCGGAAAGGACUUGAGCUGUCUAUGCUCCUUACUGAGGACGCGGAGGCAGUGCUCCGGCACCUGCCCGACAGAAAGCGGACAGACUUCGAGUCGCUCGACUCGGCACUGAAGCUUCGCUUCUUGCCAGAUGUCAACCGUGCUGAUGCUGAAAGGCGCUAUGCUGGCCUCAAGCAAAAGUCGGGACAGUCGCUGCGUAAGUUCGCAGCUGACGUCACCGAUGUUACUAUGGAGGCGCACCCGGGUAUGUCUCAGGGUGCUCUCCAGCAGUUGAUGAUAAAGGCAUUCAUCAAUGGCCUAGCUGAUAGCACAACCAAGCGAUUUGUCCGCAGAAAGAGAGAAAGGUUUGACUCCCUGCGCGACGCCUUGCGUCAGGCAGAGAAAGAGUACGCCGCUGAUGAUCGCGGCGGCUCGCCCAAGCGCGUUCGUCGCGCCAGCACGAGCCCCACGAAUAAGAAAUUGGACGAGCUGGUGAGGUCUGUAAAUACUGGGCACCAGCAGCUGAAUGAGCUGCGGGCUCAGCUUGAGAAAGCAAAGUCAGCCAGUGCCAGCACGUCCUCUUCCGAUCAAAACCGGCCUAAGCGGGACAUGUCCACAGUUUCUUGUUAUUCCUGUGGAGAGAAGGGCCAUUUCAAAUGGCAAUGUCCCGCGAAAAACUCAGGCAGACAGCAGCAGCAGGGGACCGCCGCCCCGGGUGCGUCCCAGGGCGGGCCGAAGGGUGUGUCCCCCGGCCAGGCCCCCUGCGUGGUGUACUACGUACCCACCGCGGCAGCUGUGGCAAAUGGGUUGCCUACCCAACAGGCGCCCGCUCAGGGCAAGCAAGCUGGCAAGGGAAAGGGCAAGGGCCGUGGGGGCCGGGGAGGCAAAAGGGCCAAGCAAGAGACCGAUGCCAAAAUCAAGAAAGAGGAUGAAAAGGACGGCUCGUCUAGUUCAAAAAACUAGACGGUGCCGCGCGUCUCUCGGCCGCCACUAAAGCCUCCCUGAGAACCGCGGCGACACCCACCCCCGACCAGACAGACCUGCCCGUCUCGGUGCCGUCGCCCGUCAUAAAUCUGCUUAUUAACGACACCAAGGCCGAGGCUGUCGUUGACGGCGGGUCGACCAUAACCCUAUUCCGGCAUGGUUUGCUUCCACGCCUGAAAUUAGAGCCAUCUCACAUCAGAAUGCGGCAGGCCGCUCAGCAGGCCGCCCCUCUGCUUGGGCCCGCGGUGGUCAAGCUGACCAUCGCCGGCGUGGUCUUUGAGACCUGGGCUUUUGAGGCCGACAUAGCAGAGGAUGUCAUUCUCGGCCAAAACUUUCUCGUUUUCUACGACGUGAGGCAAAACCCAGGCCAAAACAAGAUUGAAAUGCAUAAGUUGCCGGAGUCCGCUGGGCGCACUGUCCUCGCGGUGCCCUACCGCUUGCAAGACACGCCCAGCGCAGCGCAACCCUUCGCGACGCUGCGCAU